UAGUUUUACAAAUUUAGGGAAUAUUCAAUAAACUUUAAAAGUGUCCGUAGUAAACUAAAAAAGGCAGGAAUUUUGGGCCUUGAAGUAAUCCGUGGAUCCCUAGAUUGGGCUCAACUGAAAAAUAACUGCAGUUUAAGCCUUUUUCUUUGUUGCUUCAAUGAACCCUCUAGAAAAAGGCCCAUAAGCUUCCGCCUAAUCACCGGAUUGCCAUCUUCUUCUUCUUCUUCUUCUUCUUCCCAGAAUCAUUCGAUGAGGAACAGCGGCGGCGGCGCAGAAGCAGAAGCAGAAGACGUUGUUUCGGAGGGAAGAAUAGAAUGGUUUUACUUACUUACAAGUGACAGCGGCAAAAAAAGCCAUAGAUUCUGAUAAAGUUGCAGGAAAAACCUCAGAUAUCAUUCAAAGCUACCUAAUGAUCAAAUCCUUCAUGGUUUCCGGAGAGAGACCAGACAUGGAAAUUAAGAUGGAUCUUGAUCUUCGAAGUCAUCGUCUUGGUCGUCUCUGUCUCAGAGUAACUGGAGAUCUGUUACUUGUGACUGAAGGACAAAACAGAGGGUAGUUGCCUGCAGUACAAGGAAGAAGAAGAAUUUCUUAAGCUGCAAGAAAAUCAGUUGUGUUCUUUCUUCAUCUGUAUAUAAAUUAAUUUAUUUAUUUCUAUAAACAGUUCCUGCUGUUAUGGUCAAAGUCAACUCUGGUCCCUUUCUCGGCAGAAAAUGAAGACGUGUGGGCCUCUAUGCUUUUCUGCUUCCGGCGUACGUCAAUGGCGAUCAGAUACUCUCUUUCCAUGCUUUUUCCUAUUCUCGGUAAAAGAGAUACACCCAAAUCCCAAAAUCAGCCGACAAGUCUCACUACUGUCUAAGUAUUCACAUCCCGAAAUUGGAGGAUUCCCCUGAAAUCUCGCGAGAACCUUCUCUGAUCUUCAAUGGUGGUAGCUUUGUUCUGCUCAAUCUUCGCCUUCUUUGUAAUCGUAGCCGGACUUCGUCGUCUUCUUCGAUUUCGGCGGAGAUUUCCUCAGCCUCCUCCUCCAGUACCGACCUCAGCUCCUCCAUCGUCGUCGCCAUCGCGAUCUCUGUGGACUUACGACGUUUUUCUCAGCUUCAGAGGAGAAGACGUGCGGAAAGGUUUCCUCAGUCAUCUCUUCAAAGCUCUCACCGACGACGGGAUCCAUGUCUUCCGCGACGACAAGGAACUCCAGAGAGGGAAUUUCAUCGGGCCGGGACUAUUGGACGCGAUCGAGGAGUCGCGAUUCGCCAUUGUCGUGCUCUCGGAGAACUACGCCAACUCUCGGUGGUGCUUGGAAGAGCUCUCGCACAUCACCGAGUGCGCCGUGAAGAAACGCAUCGGAUUGAUUCCGGUUUUCUAUGGCAUUAACCCGUCUGAUGUGAAGAGGCAAAGCGGGAGCUUCGAGAGGGCCUUUGAGGAGCAUGAACAGAGAUUUGAUCUCGAGACGGUGGAGAGAUGGAGAAAAGCUUUCGCUCAAGUCGGGAAGAUUUCCGGAUGGGAUUCCAGAAACUGGAACGAGGAGUCAAAGCUUAUCGAGGAACUGGUUCAAGAUCUGUCGGAUAGAUUGUUCUUGCCGACAUCAAGCGAGACAGGGGAAUUAGUCGGAAUGAGCUCCCACAUGAGAAACAUAUAUCCUCUGCUAUGUUUCGACUCCGAUGAUGUCCGGAUGGUAGGAAUCUGGGGAAUGGGCGGCAUAGGUAAAACCACCAUUGCAAAGUUUCUUCAUAAACGCCUGAUGGGUAAGUUUCACGGAGCUUGUUUAUUAGAAAACGUGAAAGGAAAGUUUAAGCAACACGAUCCCUCGCAUUUACGGGAGAGGAUCUUGUCGGAGAUCUUUCGUAAGAAGGAUCUGAACACUUGGGAUGGGGAUUCCGACGCGAUGAAGCGAAGGCUUCAAGGCAAAAAGGUUCUUCUUGUGUUGGAUGAUGUCGAUAACAUAGAACAGAUACAAGAACUGGCCAAAAGCUCGGAGUGGUUCGGACAAGGAAGCAGAAUAAUUAUAACCACUAGGGACAAACGUGUUUUAGACCAGCAUGAUGUAGAACACAUAUAUGAAGUCAAUCCUCUGAGAACUACUCAGGCACUUCGGCUUUUCAGUAGGCACGCCUUUAAACAGCCACGCCCACUCGAAGAUUUUAGAGAGCUCUCGAUCGAUGUUGUCGAGAGACUUGGAGGAAUUCCAUUAGCUCUUCGAGUCGUCGGUGCGUCUUUAUAUCGUCGGGACAUAUCCUACUGGGAAGACAAAGUACUUGUCCUGAAAAACAAUCUCGAUAACUCUGUCUUGAGGACAUUGAGAGUAAGUUAUGACGCACUGGACAAGCAAGAAAAGAUGGUAUUUCUUUACGUUGCAUGUUGUUUCAAUGGGGAGUAUAUGGAUCGGGUUAGAAAAGUGCUAGACCUUUUCGUCGUGUCUUCUGGGCGCAGGCCGUUACCUUCGAGGCCGAGCAUCAUAACUCUGAUGGAGAAAUGUCUAAUUAGCUGUUCGAGCAGAAAGAGGCUGUGGGUUCACGGCUUGCUCCAAGACAUGGCCAAGGAUGUAAUCCGCGACGGAAAUGACGACAAACCAUGGAAACGCAAGAUGCUGUGGGAUUUCGACGAUAUCUACAGUGUAUUCUCCGGAAACAUGGUAGGGCACAAAUUUCUUGUACUCAUUCUUCUACUAGUGAAUCUUUGCAUAAGGCCUACGGUUUUCGAGAGAAUGCGCAAUCUCAAACUGCUUAAAUUUUACCAGAAUCACUCUGUCGGAAAGAGAAUGACUUCCAUGCCAGAUGGUCUCGACUAUCUCCCUAUGCUGAGAUAUCUUCACUGGGACGCUUACAGUCUGAAAUCGUUGCCUUCUCGCUUUUGUAUGAUCUAUCUGGUUGAGCUGAAUCUCUCCAACAGUUCAGUCGAAACACUCUGGAAUGGAUCUCAGGACCUUGAAAAUUUAAGGCGUAUGAAUCUCACCAACUGUAGGAGCCUCGCCGAAAUUCCAGACCUUUCGAAGGCGACGAAUCUCGAGAGCUUGAAGCUGUCCAACUGCGAAAGCUUGGCCGAGCUCCCGUAUUCUCUCGGGCAUCUCAAUAAGCUCGAGGAGCUGAAACUGAGAAACUGCAAGAACCUCAAGAAUCUGCCGGAUAACAUCAACCUGAAAUCCCUUAGGUUUCUCUACCUCGAUGGAUGCUCGGGUUUAAAAGAGUUUCCGUUCGUCUCCGAGAAUAUCGAGAAGUUGACUCUGAACGAGACUGCAAUCGAAGAAGUGCCGCCGUCGAUCGAGCGCCUCUCUCGCCUCUCAGAACUGCGGUUCACUGGAUGCAAGAGACUGAAGAAUCUCCCCGACACCAUUGCUAAUCUGGAGUCACUCGGACAUCUCGGGCUUGCGAACUGUCCGAACGUCGAGUCGUUUCCGCAGGUAGGAAGAAACAUAAGAUGGCUGUACCUGAACGGAACAGCCAUAGAGGAAGUGCCAUCGACGAUAGGGGAGAGAUCUGAGCUUAUUUACCUCAACAUGUCGGGUUGCGAAAGGCUUGAAAACCUUCCUCCCGCGUUGAGGAAGCUGACGCAGCUGAAGUAUCUGUACCUUCGCGGCUGCUCAAGAGUCACACAGGCUCCCGAGGUCGGGGGAACGGUGAAGGCGCUGGAUCUGCACGGGACAUCGAUAGAGAGAAACCGUCCGUGGGUUGGGACUGGAGAAGAGGAGGAACAUGAGAUGCCCCGUUGUGAAGUGCCUGUCAUAAGGCGGUUUUUCCUCCGGAAUGUGAGGGAACACAUCAAGAGGAAGAAAUCCAGCAGAUGAAAGAGUUGCCCCGCGCGCGGGCGAAUCAACGGACAAAACAGUCUCCAUAAAGCCCAUGGGCCUUUUUAAAUGGCCCUUUAAUUAUGACUUACCAAUCAAAUGGUACUGUUACUGGUACAGACAACUCAUUUCGGUUAAUAACCCAAUAACUGUUUAUAUAUGUACAUAUAAAAACCCAAUGUUCAUGAUUUUUUUUAUUACCCAAAAAACUGAAUUCGAACAGAAGGAAACCUUUUUUUUUUCUUCAGAAAAUAAGUAUUUUAUCAAUAGAAUCUAAAAAAAUACCCAUGAUUAUAAUUUUUUAAAAAUCCAAGAAUGGUCCUGUCUAAUAACUUAUGGAUCAAAUCCAAUAAAUUUAUCCACUCCACCGCGAAUCCGACAUUUACACUACAGUAUGGCAUUGCGAAA